AGCAUGUAACUAAGCAACACAAUGUUGUCGGUGUUGUCGUGCCUGUGUGUGUUGUACGCGGUCUGGACGUGGUAUCUUCGGAAUUCUAGUUCGCCUGACAGGCCGCCAUACCUUCGCGGAAUAUUUCCCGUCAUAGGGAAUUCACUUCUUUUGCUUGAAGGACGUAAUGCAUUAUUUCGCCACGUGAUAAAUAUAUCCAGAGACUGUAUAAAGAAAGGCGGAGUUAUUUGCGGGGCAUUGGGAUUUCACAGAUAUUAUAUAAUAACCAAUCCUCAAGACGCAUUGACCGCGGCGAACAGUUGCCUUCAAAAACAUUUUGGUUACAAAUGGGGGAAGCGAUGGCUGGGAAACUCUUUGAUUAUGUCUACAGGUGAAAUUUGGAAAAAUCAACGUAGAAUGAUUGCACCAGCAUUCAGUUUGCCAAUAUUGCAUGGAUACCUUGGAGUGUUUAAUACUAAAGCAAGAGAAUUGGUAGAAAUAGUAUCAACUCAGACUGAACCCACCUUUAACAUUUUACCAUAUAUUAAAGAUGUUAUUUUUAAAAUACUUUCUAAGACAGUGUUUGGAGUUGACGAACUGGAUGAUAAAAAUUUUAUAAAACAAUACAUGAACGCUACAGAUACAAUUUUAAAAAACUUUGUUGAUAGAUUUAACAAUCCAUUAUUAUACAGUGAUUUCAUGUACCAAUUAUUAGGAUAUAAAAAGAUAGAAGACGAAAUCAUCAGAAUUUCAAGUAACAUGAGUGAUACUAUAAUUAAUGCGAAACGUGCUGCUUUAAAGGCUUCUAAGUCUACAAUUUAUUCCAUGAAUUCCAAAGGUGCAAAAUAUAAAUCACUCCUAGAAUUACUACUAGAACUUUCAGAGAAAAACAUGUUGACAAAUAAAGAGAUAAAAGACGAGGUAAACACCUUCAUAGUAGCAGGAUACGAUACGUGCUCCAUAGUUUUAACUUACACACUUAUGUGUUUAGGAACCUAUCCAGAGGUCCAGGAACGAGUGCAUGAAGAAAUACAAACCGUCUUUGGAGAUACGGACCGAGAUGUUGAGAAGGAGGACUUGUCACAUUUGCUAUAUACAGAGGCUGUUAUAAAAGAGACUCUGAGACUGUAUCCACCCGGUCCUUUUUUAUUGAGAUACUGCGAUAAAGUAGUUCAGCUAAAAAAUUACAAAAUGCCAGCUGACACACAAUUAAUUCUCAAUAUGUAUGGUAUGAAUCGAGACCCUGUGUGGGGACCGGACGCGGAACAUUUCCGACCGGAUCGAUGGUUGGACCUUAAGCUAGAACAAAGUAACGCCUUCGGAUCCUUCAGCAUCGGAAAACGGAUAUGUCCAGGACAACAUUUUGCUCUAAUUUCUUUGAAGACUAUGAUUGCUCACGUAAUACGGCAUUACCGAAUCAGAGCAAAUAUCCACAAGUUGAAAUUUCGAGUAGAUGUCUUAGCAGUCCCUAUAUCAGACUGUAAAGUGGUCUUGGAGCGAAGAAAUAAUAGUCUAAGCAAGCAUCAUAGAAAUGAUUUAUAACCGUUUUAUAUAAAAGGGUGAACUUAUGAAUUGGUGUGUUCGUAUUUGUUUAAAUGUAUUAGUGAAAUAAAAAGAGUUUUUGAAA